AACUUCAAAAACAAGAUGCUGCCCUCAAUCAAAAGUCUAACCAAAAUAACACUAGACAAUUGCCGACAAAAACAGGGAACGCGUCUUGUAUUAAACAACUACUACAUACAACAACGCGGUUUUACCUUUGAAGCUUCUUUCUUUGGCCGACCAUCCCAUUCUUUGCCUCUCCUCUCCUCUUCCCCUUCUACAUUUUUCUUCUGGUUGCCUUCCACUGCCAAAAGGGGUGCCUUCUGGUCGCUCACCACUCACGCAGGAUAUGCUAAAAGCUCAUGCAUGCCUCAACCUAUUCCCACUCUUAUCUUCAUUUUAGUUGUAUGGAUAUCCCACCAUACCCUUACCAAUGAUGAUUUCACCAUUUUCAUGGAUUUUCUUUAAUGCAUUUCUAGUAGCAGCUUUCUUUACCAUCCAUCUAGUUUUGGUUUCAGGCCAAUGUCAAAGAGAUCAGGGACAGUUGUUGCUUGAGUUGAAAAGCAGCUUCAACUCUACUUCAUUGGGAAAGUUACACAAGUGGAAUCAAACAACGGAUUGCUGUUUCUGGGAUGGUGUAACUUGCGAUGCUAGUGGGCGGGUUAUCGGUCUUGACUUGAGCAAUCAAUCAAUUUCGGGUGCAAUAGACAAUUCGAGUGGUCUCUUCCGUUUUCAACAUCUUCAACAACUCAAUUUGGCUUACAACAGACUCAUGGCCACUUUUCCUACGGGGUUUGAUAAGUUGGAGAAUUUGAGUUACCUUAAUUUGUCAAAUGCUGGCUUUACUGGGCAAAUUCCAGCUGUGAUUUCGCGCAUGACAAGGUUGGUUACUCUCGAUCUAUCUGUAAGUUCGCUUCUUGGAAGAUCAUUGACGCUUGAGAAGCCAAAGCUGGAGAUGCUUGUUCAAAAUCUCACAAAACUGAAAUUCCUUCAUCUUGAUGGGGUGAAUAUUAGAGCAACGGGAAAUGAAUGGUGCCGGGCCAUAUCAUCACUAACUGAUUUGCAAGUGUUGAGCAUGUCCAACUGUAAUCUUUCAGGACCUAUAGAUUCUUCAAUUUCCAAGCUUCGAUCUCUGUCAGUAAUUCGCCUCGACAACAAUAAUUUGUCUACUUCAGUUCCAGAAUUCUUUGCAGAAUUCCCAAAUCUGACAUCCCUUCAUCUUAGUACCAGUGGUUUGCGUGGAGGACUCCCAGCAGAAGUUCUCAAGAUACCUACAUUGCAGAUCCUUGACUUGUCAAAUAAUGAAUUACUAGAAGGUUCGUUUCAAGAGUUUCCUUCGAAUGGUUCUCUUCAGACACUGACACUUAGUGGCACAAAGUUUGGGGGGCAAGUACCAGAUUCUAUCGGUAACCUUGGGCAAUUGACAAGAAUAGAGCUUGCAAGUUGCAAUUUCAGUGGACCAAUACCGAAAGCAGUGAAGAAACUUACUCAACUGGUCUAUCUGGAUUUUUCCAGUAACAGUUUUUCUGGUCCAAUACCAUCAUUCUCAUCGUCAAGAAAUCUUACACAGCUAAACCUUGCUUACAAUCAGUUAAACGGCACAAUUCAUUCCACAGACUGGUCAGUCCUUUCUAAUCUAGUAAGUAUUGACUUACGAAACAACAAGUUAAGUGGAACCAUUCCACCUACUUUGUUUGGCAUUCCAUCACUGCAGAAAAUUUCCCUUUCCCAAAAUCGAUUCAAUGGCAGCCUUGGUGAUCUCCGUGGUAAGACUACUUUACUGCUUGAUACCCUUGAUCUAAGUAGCAACAUGUUACAGGGGCAAUUUCCAAUGUUUGUAUUUGAGCUUCAAGGUCUUAAGAUCCUGACAAUUUCUUCAAACAAGUUCAGUGGGUUCAUACAAUGGACUGACAUUCAGAAGUUGAGGAAUCUUUCCAACCUUGAUCUGUCAUAUAACAACUUGUCCAUUGAUGCAACUUCUACUAAUUCUGCCUUGUCUACCUUUCCCAACAUUACAACAUUGAAGUUGGCUUCCUGCAACUUGAAAAAAUUCCCUGGUUUCUUGAAAACUCAAGUAAAAUUAAACCAUCUAGACCUUUCGAAAAACCAGAUGUCGGGGGAAAUACCCAAUUGGGUUUGGGAAAUUAAAAACCUCGCUUAUUUAAAUCUUUCUCAGAAUUCUCUUAUGAAAUUCGAAGGACCUUUUCUGAGUAUUACGUCUACACUAACUGUUGUCGACCUUCAUGGCAACCAGCUCCAAGGGCAAAUAGACCGUCUUCCACAAUACGCCACCUAUCUAGAUUACUCAAGAAACAAUUUCAGCUCUGUUUUGCCACGCGAUAUUGGUGACUUCCUCCAGUUUGCCUAUUUCUUCUCCAUCUCAGAUAAUAACUUCCACGGGAGUAUCCCUGAGUCGAUAUGCAAAAGUUCAUAUCUUCAAGUACUUGAUUUGUCUAAUAAUUCCCUGAGCGGGUCUAUUCCUGAAUGCCUGAUUCAGAUGAGUGUGUCUCUUGGAGUACUGAAUCUAAGGAGAAACAAUCUUACUGGCAACAUUUCUGACACAUUUCCAGAGAACUGUUUACUACAAACUCUAGUUCUCAAUCGAAACUUACUGCGAGGAAAGGUUCCAAAAUCCUUGGUCACUUGCAAAAUGCUGGAAGUUCUAGACCUUGGAAACAAUCAGAUCAAUGAUACAUUCCCAUGCCAUUUGAAGAAUAUAUCCAGCUUGCGUGUCCUUGUUUUACGAGGCAAUAAAUUUAAUGGGAGCGUGCAUUGUUCAGAGAGGAGCCCUUGGCCUAUGCUUCAGAUUGUCGACUUAUCUUCAAACAGUUUCAGUGGUAGACUGCAUGAAGCAUGCUUGUCGACCUGGAAGGCAAUGCGAGCUGCUGAAAGUGAAACUCUAUCAGAGCUCAACCAUCUCCAAUUUAAAGUUCUAAAGUUAAAUCAAUUUUAUUACCAGGAUGCCAUAACAGUUACCAUGAAAGGUUUAGAGUUAGAGCUGCUGAAGAUCCUAACGGUGUUUACCUCCAUUGACAUUUCACGCAACAAUUUUGAAGGGCCAAUACCAGAAGUGAUUGGAACAUUCAAAGCUCUUUAUGUCCUUAACUUUUCACAUAAUGCUUUCACAGGGUCGAUCCCGCCAUCUUUAGGAAACCUGUCUCAGCUAGAGUCUUUAGACCUCUCAAGUAACAGUUUCGAUGGUGAGAUUCCCAUCCAGCUAGCAAACCUCAAUUUUAUUUCAUUUCUUAACGUCUCCAACAACAAAUUAGAGGGACAGAUCCCAAGAAGCACCCAGAUUCAAUCAUUUUCAGAAGCUUCAUUUGAGAACAAUAAAGGAUUGUGUGGGCUUCCUCUAACUACAGACUGUGUAAAUGGAACUUCUCCAAAACCACGUACAACACAAGAAUUUCAACCAGCAGAUGAAUUCGAUUGGCAAUUGAUAUUCAUUGGAGUGGGGUUUGGUGUAGGAGCAGCUCUAUUUGUUGCACCCUUAAUAUUUUGGAAGACAGCAAGUAAAUGGGUCGAUGAGAUUGUUGAUAAAAUCCUUGAAGUAGUCCUUCCAAAGCUGGGUCGGACUUACACGUGUCCUGGUGACAGGAAGGUUGAUGAAGAUGAAAAUCUUGAAGAAGACAACAAAGGAAGUGAUGAAGAAGAUGAACAGAGCCAGGAGACAACUGAAGAAUUUCGCGGGAGAUAUUGUGUGUUUUGCUCCAAACUUGACCAAACCAGGAAGAAGGCAAUUCAUGACCUGAGUUGUACCUGCUAUGAUUCAUCAUCUUCAUCUCCUUCUUCUUCCACCUCUCCUCCCUUUUCUCCUUAGACCUUUUUUUUUUCUUCUUAUUUCUAUGUUUUGUAUAUAGAAGAGAAAUGAACAUGUAAUUUCGGAACCUCAGUAAAUAAUAUACUGAAAUGAACGAUUUACUCUUCUGACUCAAUAUACUGAGUCACAAA